AUUUUCCUCGUCUGUGCAGGCAGCCAGUCAAUGCGGAAACCAGCCUGAGAGGUGGAUGAUUUAACUUUAAAAGCCCAUCCGCUAUGCCUCUUCAUAAAUACCCCCCCAAAAUCUGGGAUGCCCUGAAACUGAAGCAGGGCAUCUAUGCUCGUCUCCCUAAACACUACCUCAAGUCCCUCGAGCAGAAAGAACCCACCCCUGUCCAUUGGAGGCCUCUGGGAGUCCAGUACCGAGCCAACCCAAAAACGGGGCAGAAGGAACGGGUGCAGGAUGUCCCGAUCCCCAUCUACUACCCGCCACACUCCCAGGACGGCCUGUGGGCAGGAGAGGGCUGGAUAUCAGGUUUCAGAUAUGCCAACAAUGACAAAAUGUCGACUCGUCUGAGGAAGACCUGGAAACCACAGUUGUUCAAGAGAGAGCUGUACAGCGAGAUCCUCGACCACAAGUUCACCAUCACAGUCACAGCACGCACGCUGGACCUCAUCGAUGCUGCCUAUGGUUUCGACUUUUAUAUCCUUAAAACACCAAAGGAAGACCUGAACUCCAAGCUGGGGAUGGACCUGAAGAGGGCCAUGUUGAUUCGCCUGGCGCGCAAAAACACAGAGCUUUACCCCAACGACCCUGUCAAGAGAGAGAAGGUCUACAGCAAAUACAAGCAGCAGUUUGAGAUCCCAGAGGAGGAGGCAGAGUGGUUGGGUCUGAGCCUGGAGGAGGCCGUGGAGAAACAGAGGCAACUAGAGGACAAGGAGCCCGAGCCUCUGUUUAAGGCCUGCGUGGACAAGCUGGUGGAGGAGCUGCACAUCCAAAAACUCUCGGAGCCACACCUCACAGAGAAGAAGUGACGGCCUCCACCAUCUGCGACGGAGCCAGAAGCAGCUUUUCAGACUGAAAAAUGAAGUAGGUUGAACUGUCAAGCUUCUCCAGAUGGUGGUGGAAGUCACCUAGUUUCUGAACCAUGUUCAGUACUGAUUGUACACUCGGGAGAAAUUGCUGCAGUUUCAACUUGUAUUUCCAUCUGGGAGCGACACAAAAGUGGAAGUGACACAAACGACAAGGUCCUGUUGGAGUAAUUGUUAUUUAUUUCCCCUUGCUUUAAGGUCCACGCACAAGAUAUUUUAGGAAUUAAGGGAGAUGCCUUCAUCAUUGUAAAUACUCCCCUAACAGCUUUGAUAUAAUCCAUGUACGAGAUAGCUAAAAAAAAUAAUAAAAGAUUCUCUCUUUUUUUUUUUUUU